AUGUCGUGGACCCUGGUGCAGCCGGUGGGGCAGAAGCGCCUCACCAACGUGGCAGUGGUGCGGCUGCGCAAGCACGUCCAGCGCUUCGAGAUCGCGUGCUUCCCUAACAAGGUGCUCUCCUGGCGCUCCCGCGUCGAGAAGGACAUCGACGCGAGGUGCUCCAAUCCCACACCGUCUACUCCAACGUCUCCAAUGGCGUCCUCGCCAAGUCCAAGGACCUCAUUAAGGCCUUCGGCACCGAUGACCAGACCCAAAUCUGCAUCGAGGCUCCCUCCCUGUGACCACGUCUUGCUGCUUCUUCAUAUUCUGGAGAAAUGGGAGCUCCAGGUCUCCGGCAAGGAGAGGGAGGCGCAGCUUUCUAGCCAGUUCCGUGAUAUCGCCACCAUCGUCAUGGAGAAGACCAUCAACCCGGAGACCCGCUGCCCCUACACCAUCACCAUGAUUGAGCGCCUCAUGCACGAGAUACAUUUUGCUGCCGACCCAAAUCUUACCUCCAAGGAACAGGCUCUAAAGGUUAUCAAGAAGCUCAUAGAACACUUCCCCAUAAAGCGUGCACCACUGAGGGUGCGGUUCACUGCACCAAAGCUCAAUUUUACUGGCCUGAUGGAAAAGAUUGCUGAAUGGAAUGCUACUGUGAUUUCAAAGGACGAAUCUGGUACUCAGCCUUCUAUUGUAUGUGAGAUUGAGCCAUCUAUUCUGCACUCAUGUGAGGAGCGGCUGAAGGAUGUGCAAGGGAGGGUGGAAGUGCUGUCUGUCUCAGCGCAUGCAGAGGGUGGUCCAUCCGUGGAGCAAUAUGACAGUGUUGAAAUGCCACAAGCAGCUCCUGCAAAGGAGCCCGAUGCUGUUGCUCAGAUAAGUGAGAAUGCAGAAACAGAGCAUUUCUACUGA